UUUUUUUUUAUCAAGCUGUACAUGAUUACCACUUCAAGAUCUUUGGUGGCACACUUCCUGUUUCAGUAGAAAAACGUAUUCUUUACAGUUCUUGGUGUGAGUCUGUCUGGUUCAGUGGUGUGUAGUGAAGCUGAUAUAAUGGAACACGUCUAUGGAAAUGUUGAAUAUGAACUCUCCAAAACUUCGGGAAAUGAAAGACGCCGUGUUUCAACAGAUGUUUCUGUCCAGUCAGUCAGGCAGAGGAACCCUCUGUCCUCUAAAGACUCUCUGAAGUUCCUCCUGGCUGCUCUCGGCCUCCUUCUGCUCUGUGCUUUGGUGGCGCUCUGUGUUCUGGGGAUCCUGUAUCACAAUAAAGGCGUCUCAUAUGAGGCAUUAAGUGAGCAGUACAGCAGCGUUGUAGAGAGACUGUCAGUGCAGGAACGCAUCACUGAUGAGACAGAGAGAGAGUAUGACGCACUGAAGCUCAAGUACCGCAAGACUCAUGAAGCCUUGUCUAAUUGCAGUGAGUGUCAGAAGUGUGCACUGUGUGGAGAAGGAUGGAGUCCUUUUGGUGUGAAGUGCUACAACUUCUCUACUGAUAAACUGAACUGGACCAUGAGCAGAGAUGACUGUGCUGAGAAAGGAGGUCAUCUGGUUAUAAUAACCAGCCAAGCUGAGCAGGACUUUGUAUCUUCACGUGUUGGAGAACAUCACUGGAUCGGGCUGAAUGACCUGGAUACUGAGGGAAAGUGGGUGUGGGUGAACAACCAGACCCUGAAUGAGACGGGAGUGACAUUCUGGUUUAAGCGGACAAAUCACCCAGAUGAGCCUGAUAACUGGACACAGAUGGACCCUUCAGGAGAGAACUGUGCUAGUCUGGGGGACGAGAAUGGUAACACAAACAAAUGGUUUGAUGCUUAUUGCCAUAAACUGAAAAAAUACAUCUGUGAAAUGCAAAAUACUUUUGCUUAGAUGAUGUCAUGAUACUUGAACUUAGCAUAGCUGUUAAAAAAAAAAGACUUCUCAGGAGAGGCCAGGAAUGCAGUGUCUGGCCAAUCCACUGUUUGAACCUUAUUGAGAUGAUGACUCACCUUUGAAUUUAUAUAUAAGAAAAUGCAUUUCAUCAGCCACGGUUAUGGAAUUAUCUUCUACAUGAUCUUUAUUGUUUGUGUUGUAUAUGUAUUAUUCUAAAUGUGAGGUUAUUGCUGAGUGUGGCCACUAGAGAGCAGUAAGUGAUUGUUGAACAACUUUUAUCAGGCAAACAGGCCAAUCUGAGUAAUAGCCAUUUGGAAACAUCUGAAUAUCAACGGUCUAAUUUUGCUUCUUAUUUCCCAAAUAUUUGUAUGAUAUGAAUGUGAUUUACAGCGGUCAGCACUGUAGGUGCAUAUGCACACUAUAUUUCCAAAAGUAUUCGGUCGUCUGGCUUCACAUUCAUAUGAACUUGAGUGA